CCGAGGUAUGGCUUACAGUCAGCACUGGUACAUGCUUAUGCGCGAAAAGGGAUCCGUACACUAUACGACUGGCAAGCGAAAUGCCUGGAUUUGCCUGGACUACUUGAUGGAUCACGGAGUGUCGUCUACACUGCACCUACGUCCGGAGGGAAGACGAUGGUAUCCGAGAUUCUUAUGCUCAAGAGGGUCUUCGAAACGAAGAGUAAAGCAAUCCUGGUACUACCGUUUGUGUCCAUUGUCACCGAGAAAACACGGCACUUGAAGUCAUUACUUGAAGGUACCGACAAAGUGGUAGCAGGGUACUUUGGCGGCGAAAAGCAAAAGGCCUGGGACGCAGUAGAUAUCGCAGUCUGCACAAUCGAGAAGGCGAACUCCUUGGUCAAUACCGCUCUAUCAGAAGGCAAGCACGACGAGCUUGUGGUGCUUGUAGUUGAUGAGCUUCACAUGCUUGGCGAAGACAGAGGUUACAUCAUCGAGCUCAUGCUCACGAAACUUCUCGCAAUCAAUCAAGAUGUUCAGAUCGUCGGUAUGAGCGCAACCCUGAAGAAUCUACCGCUUCUUGCUCACUGGCUUCGCGCACAUGCCUUUACGUGCGACUUUCGUCCGGUGCCGUUGCAUGAAUAUAUUGUGCGCGAUAAUGCUGUAUUUGACACCGCAGCGAAGCCCGUAUGCAACAUCCCACAAGCUGAACACAAGGCAUUGAAAGACACGUCUGUCAACGCGUUGGUUGCGCUGACGCUGGAGACCCUCAGUGAAGGCGGCUCUGUGCUGGUUUUUUGUUCCGCUCGUGGAACAUGCGUGGAAACUGCGAAGCUUCUAUUCUCAUUCGUUCCCGUCGCACAGGCAGAUAUCAUCGAGAAGCGGAUCGAGCUAAUUCAGCAGCUGCGAGACACGCCUUCGGGAGUGGAUGAGAUCCUCGAAGGGUGCGUCAUGAAAGGGAUUGCAUAUCAUCAUGCCGGACUUACAACUGAGGAGCGCGAGCUCCUUGAGGGUGCUUACUCGGACGGCGUUCUGAAGAUCCUUUGUGCAACAGCGACCUUAGCCGCCGGAAUCAACCUUCCAGCACGGCGUGUGAUAUUCAGAAGCCCGCGUAUGGGGCGUGAAUUUCUGAGUUUGGCAUCAUACCGCCAAAUGAAAGGGCGUGCUGGACGAGCAGGGAAGGACCCGUUUGGUGAAAGCUUUCUGUGUUGCACCAAGAUGGAUACGGCGAAAGUCAAUGAACUCAUUCAUGCUCCUCUUCCUUCCGUCGAGAGUUGUCUGAAACCAGAGAAAAGAGGCUUGAAGCGGGCAUUGUUGGAAGUGAUCGCUACCAAUCUCGCCAGUACCGAAAGCGCUGUCAUGACUUACGCACAGAGUACUCUGCUUUAUUCCACUGAACCUGAUGAGAAGGGGAUGAAGAAGCUGGUCGACGAGUCCUUGGAUUAUCUUCUCGAGAACAAGCUAAUCGUGAAGGAAGAUCCUGAUGGAUAUACCGCUGUCGAGAAGAGCUAUGUCGCUACAGGUGUUGGACAAGCUGUCGUUGCAUCGGCUAUGACCCCCGAGGACGGCUUGUUCGUACAUGCUGAGCUCUCUCGCGGUAUGCGAACGAUUGUGCUUGAUGAUGAUUUGCAUCUCAUAUACCAUGUCACACCUGUCUACGCCCAGUGCGAAGUGGACUGGGGUAUUCUCCGUAAUGCUAUCGAAGAUCUUUCCGAGAGCGGCAAUCGCAUUAUGUCAUCGGUGGGAGUGAGUCCAGCUUUGGUGCAUAAAAUGGCGAUGGGGGCUACAUUGAAGGAGGACAAGCCAGAGAACGUGGAGAGGCUACGUAUCCAUAAGCGGUUUUACGCCGCGUUGAUGCUGCAGGACUUGAUCAACGAACGCAGCCUGAGCGAUGUCGCUGCCAAAUUUGACAUUGAACGCGGGUUCCUCCAGAGUUUGACAAAUCUGAGUGGAGGCUUCGCAUCCAUGGUUGGGGCGUUUUGUACGAAGUUGGGAUGGGGGACCUUAGCGAUGCUGCUGGAACACUUCCGGGACCGUCUGGUUUUCGGAGUAAAGGACGACGUCCUUGAGUUGGCCAAGCUACCGUACGUCAAAUCAGCUACAGCUCGAAUGUUUGCGCAGAACGGGCUCAAGAAUAUCCAUUUGGUUGCUGCUGCUUCUCGAGAGGAUAUUGUUAAGCUAUUGAAGGAAAUGAGGGCUGGACGGGAUCGACGCAGU